AUGUCUCAUAUACAUUUGUUACCUACACCAUUAAAUUCAACUGCUGAUAUGAGUCCAUCCAAAAAAGCCACCCCAACUUCCGUAUACCUUCCUAAAUCAACUACCUUCAAUGAAGGCAAAAUCUCAAACCAAAGAGUAGUGUUUGUCAAACCAGGUGAAUCCGUACAUAUAAGACGUGCUUCACGUAAGAAUGAUCAUGAACGAAUGGCAAAACUAACCAACCUAUACUUUAAGAAUAAUCAUUUAUCAAAAGAACAUGCUGUAAUUACCCAUAUCUCCAGUGGCGAAUAUACAAUUAUGGAUUGCGGUUCUACUUUUGGAACAAUUGUUAAUGACCAAGUAUUAAUUCCAAACACUAAGCAUAGUUUAAAAGAUGGUGAUAUGGUUGGGUUUAUAAUUUCAAAACCUUCCUCGGUUAUUAAAGCAAUUAUUGGUGCUCAAGAUGAAAAUACCACAUCUAUUCCAUUUUCCAGAUUUAGAAAUUCCACAAUUGCUAUGACAUUCAAUCUUGAAAUUGGAUCAAAUACACUCCUGUUUAUGCCCGUUGCCUUCCGGACUACAACUAAUUACAGCCAAGAUUCCACCCAAAAACAACAAGAAGAAGUAGAAGAAGAAAAUAGACAAGAUGAGCUUCCCAGCGAUGUUAUUGUUAUCGAAUCAGAUGAAGAAGAAAAUGAUGCAAAUACCAAGAAUUCUACAGAAGUAGAAGAAAAUGACAACAAUGCUCAGGACUCCUCUUAUGUUGACGAGAAGACAGCAGAAAUUUUGAAGAUUGAUUUUAAUUCUGAUUUCGAAAGUGAUUCGUCUGCUCCUAUGAAUAUUGCUUCUGAUAAUGAUCAAAAUGAAAAGAAUAACCUUGGAUUCCCUUCAUUGUUUAUAUCAAGAUCCAACGAAUAUGAAAAUGCUACCAACAAGGAGGUUGAAGAAGAAGUAGAAGAAGCGGUAAAUAAAGAUAGGGAUGAAGAAGCUGACGUUGCUACCCGUAUCCCAGAAGAUGAAGAUGAAGAUUCAAAUGUUGUUUCGAUUGAAUUGCAUAAAGCCAAUGAAAAUAAACCUGCUGGUGAUGAGAGCAGCGAGACUAACAAGAGAAUUAAUAGGGCUGCAUUAGCACCUUUAUUUGAAGCUAUAAGACGUGCUUCAAAGACCAAAGAAUCAGAAGAACAUGACCAUGACGAGAAGGAAGAUACUUCCUACAAGAAGAACAUGGAUAUGUUAGCUCCAUUAUUCGAACCAGUCAUUUCCAUAAAAUCAAGCCAAGAAUUAGAAGAAGAAUCAGAAGAAGAAGAAAAGUCUAUGGAAAUUGACCUUGACGAUAAUGAUGAAGAUGGGCGUCUGAAACUUCAUGCUGAGGAUUCGCAGCUAGACAACGAUGAAAUUGAAGAGGAUGAUGAUAUUGAUGUUAGCCCUCGUAAGGGAUUAAUCUCGCAGGAUAGCGAAGACGAACAAGAGGAGGAAAUCGAAGAUUACGAUGAAGAAGAAGAAGAAGAACAAGGACAAGGAGAAAGUGAAGAUGAUGAGGAAGACGAAGAUGAAGAUGAUGACAUUGAAGAAGUUGAGGAACUUGAAGAAGACGAAAAGGAGUAUGACUAUGAUGAACAACAAGAAGAACAACACCAAAGGGUUUUUAUCUUUGACGAGGAACAAGAAGACCAAGAGCGUUGUAUCUUGGUUGACGACGAAGACGAAGACGAUAUCGAAGAAGAGGAGAACCUUGACGAUAUCCCACAAGUUUGGCUUGAAUCACUUGAAGACGACGACCCUGACAAUUGUUGUAUUUGUGAAUAUGAAAUCCGAACCGAAUUUGAUCCAUUGAAAGGAUAUUUAAGAAAUCCAGCCAAUGUGAUUGACGAAAACGAUGACUCGGAUGUUCUGUCUCAUAAAUCCGUCAGCAGCGAAUGUGAAACACAUACUUCCAAAAAGAGAUCUCGUGCUGAGAUGGAAGAAGAAGAAGAGGAAGAAUCCGAAGUAGAAGAUAUCGUCGCUCCUCCUGUUAAGAAAUCUAAGGGUACUAGUGUAUUGAAAGCUGUUGCAAAGGAUAUUGGAAAGGGAUUAUUGUAUGCGGGUGCUGCUGGUGUUGCUCUUGCUCUUUAUGGACGGUCAUUGAGUGUUUUACUUUUUGACAAAGAAAUUCCCCCUCAAGGAGGCUGA